UCUAGAGUCUAUAUAUAGAUCUCCGUACACAAAACCUAUCGGGGAAAAAAGUGAAAACGACAUUUCCAAUGUUAUAUUAUAAUACAAAAUAAUAAAAUUAAAUCUGUAUAUCAAAGACUAAAUCUGUAAUACUACAAGUACUACUAUAAAGACUAUUACUACUAGAUCUAGAGUACUAGUAUUUAGAUCUACUAGAUCUAGUAACUAGUUCUACUACAGUACUAGAUUUUUCUAGAUCUACUUGUUGAUCUAGAUCUAGCACUACUUACUACUUUGUGUAUUUGACAUUUGGAGCACCAUAUAUAAAUAUAUACAAAUACAUCAAUAAAUCUGGCCAUGGAUGGUGAUGAAACAUUAGAGAACUCGUACAGACAGAUGCUUGUUGAACUAGCUGCAAUCAUUCUGCCUGAUGAAUUAGAGACUUUAAAAUUUCUAACUAAAGCAAUAAUUCCCACCAGAGUUAGAGAAAGUAUAAACAAUGUUGUUCAGUUUUUUGAAGCUCUGGAAGAAAGAGAUAAACUAUCACCACAGAACCUUGCACACUUGAGAACAUGGUUGCAGGGUGCAUGCAAAGGAAGAGUGGAUGUUUUUAAACUUAUUGACAGCUAUGAGAAAAGACGAAAUCUCCCAUAUACAGAUGCAAUCCAAGCAGAAGAAAUUAGAAGCUCAAGUUUUGUAAAAGAAUUUGAACUUUUAGAAGAUAAACUCGGCAGAGAGGCUUUCAGUUUCUUGCGUCGCCUGGGUGUUGAGGAUCAUAUUCUUGAGCGCUUAAAGCACGAGCACCCAUCAAACACUAAAGAAGUCAUUCAUCAAGCACUCAAGCACUGGGAGAAAACAGAGCAGAAUGCAAAAAGAGACCAUCUAGUUAACGCUUUAAAAAAAGAAUAUAGAAAUGACUUGGCCAAUAAAUUACUUACCCUCUGAUAAUUAUUUCUGGUUGAAAGACUUUUAAUGCAGCUUUUUUUUUUAAAACCAGCAUCACAUAUUCCCUAUUCAACUGUGUGGAAUUACCAUUAGACUUUGACCUAUAGGUACUUGUUGGACUGUGAUACUAGAGAAUUUCCACUGGUCUUUCCUAAAUUUUCUUUUGAAAAGAUCGUACCAUAAGGUUGUCCUAGUAUUCCUUAUUUACUUUUCUAAGCUUUUCCUUAAUGUUAUAAAGAAUUGUCACAUUUUUUAUCUCUUCAUAUUCCUAACUGUCCCACUCAACAGUUGUGGUUUAAUUACAUUUAAAGUUUGGAAAGUUGUAAAUAUAACAUGAACCUCCGGUGCUGUCAACAAUAGACAUAACUUA